AUGAAAUGUUCACCUCGCUCGACCAUCUACAGACAUCUGAAAUAUGGAACUACCACAAAACCAGUACUCUUUCUACUUCUUCCAGUAAUGAGUGUCAGUACUCAAUUCCACUCCCUAGAUGAGCUGGAUCCUCCUAUACUUGACCAUGGAACCCUCAACUCUGAACAUUCAACUAUCAACCUAGAACAACUUAAAUCUCAGCUGUAUCUCAUCGAUCAAGACAUACGAGCACUUCUCAGCCAAAAAGAACAAUUAAAAGAGCAAUUCAUUCUGGGACUUCCAACUGCGCAGAUAGAUACAUCUAACACUCUAAAUGACUCCAGUGUUCCAGAUUUCAAGUACAAGGAGGCUGGAGUACAGACAGAGCCGAAAAUUGAAGUUGAAAAACGAACAGUUUCCUUCGCCGAAGCAGAUGAAGUACUACAUUUCAGUAAAGAUGAUACCUGUAAUUCUAUUAAGCACUCGAAGAAAAAUAAAUUGGAUGCGAUAGUGACUCUCCUAAGAAAGUCCACUAUUAAGCACGCAUUCAGGGAGUUAUCUAGCUUUGACGAUGUGAAGUCCUCGAUAUUCCAUCCAGAACACUCAAAAACUCAAGAAAUCCCAACACAAACAGAAGCCGUACAGCCAUCUUCCCAAUCUGUAUCCACAUCUUCUAACAUCAGCUAUGGAGACAUAUUGGAAUCACUCUCAGCGCCUCUUUCUAUCAAAGAGUCAUUAAACGAAUCUCUCAAAUCCAGAUCGUCAUCGACCAGUCUAAUACUUAAGCUGACUGGUUCCUCAGAAGGCUCCAGGCCUCAAUCAGCUGAAGAACUCGUAUUUGAGCCUGAUCAUGGCCCGUCUAUAAACGAUAUCCCUCUCAUCGAGGACAAAGCCUUUCAGUAUGAGCCAUCGCCUCUUGCUACUCCAACAAAUGGUAUAAAAAGAUCAUACUCGAUCAGAAAGAUGUUGAAAACUGGGUCAAGUCAUCCAAGAUACGUUGGCAGGAUCAAAAGCAUCUUUAAACAAGAGUCUCCCAACUUUAGCAGGUCCUCGACUCAUACAUGCGAAGAUUGCGAGGACUGCGACUACGUUCUGGGAUCCAUAAAAUCGGCAUCUCAGAACUCUAGAUCACUGAAGUCACCCGUCAUGACCUGCCCAACAACAUCUUCACUCUCCGAGGCAUCACCAGCGACUCCAUUUCCAGGUGAAAACUUGGAUCAAAUGGUGAAAAAUCAGAUUCUUUACGACGAUGAUAGAAUAUUUGCCUGGAAGGAAAUGAGAACGGGCUCCCAAAGGAUCAAUGAUCAAUACGUAAGUGUUUCCCCUAUGGUCAAGCGUGGCUGA